AUGGGCAGCACCAACCAGAAACCCAUCCUGAUCGUGGGCUCGGGGAUAAGCGGCCUCCUCCUGGCCCAGCACCUCCGCAAGUCGUCCAUCCCCUUCCGCCUCUACGAGCGCGACUCGGACUUGGACACCCGCGGUCUCGGCUGGGGCCUCACCCUUCAUUGGUCACUGCCCGCUGUCCGGUCUCUUCUUCCUGACGAUCUGGUCUCCCGUCUCCCAGAGGCCUAUGUCGACCGGUCCGCCGUGGAAGAAGGGCGGCCUUCGACGUUUCCCUUUUACGACCUCAGCACUGGUGAGCUGAAGGCCUCCACCCCAAACGCGGAUGAGUCUCAGCGUAUCAGAGUGAGCAGGGAUAAGUUUCGACGGUUACUGGCCACUGGGUUGGAUAUCCAGUUCGGAAAGGGCGCUACCGGCAAGUUCGAAACGGAUGAGCAGGACGGUUCGGUGAGAGUUCAUUUUGAGGAUGGGACAGUGUCGGAGGAGGGAAGUUUGGUUGUUGCUUGUGAUGGCGGGAGUUCACGGCUGAGACAGGUGCUGUUCCCCGACAGCGAAAAGUUCAAGAUUCCGGUCCGGUUGAUGGGUGUCAAGGUUGAGUGCACGCCUGAAGAGAUCGAGCCGCUGAGAAAGCUCGAUCCGUAUUUCCUCCAGGGAGCCGCGUCGGAGAAUGAUACGUUUGUUUACUUUAGCACACUCGAUGCCCCUGGAAACGGCACAGGCAGGGACACCUACACCUGCCAGAUUGUCGUCUCAUGGCCUGUUCGGGACAAUUUCUUCAACUCUGCCGCCCCGAUCACAUAUCCAGAGACGAAUCUUGACAGCAUCAAGUUGAUCAAGGCUUUUGCGUCAACAUGGGCCGAGCCGUUCCGGUCCCUCGCCAUGACAAUCCCUGAGCAGACGACCGAGGUGAAAUGCCUGGACUUGUACGACUGGCCUCCCCCAAAGGACCUUCGGACGACUGGCAAGGUUGUCCUGAUGGGAGAUGCUCUUCACCCGAUGGCCAUGUACAGAGGAGAAGGCGCCAACCACGCCAUCAUUGACGUCAAAGAGUUUGUCGACACUGUCAUCCCCCACCUCGAUGGAUCCCCGACAGACAUGAGGGUUGCACUUGACGGCUACGAAGACAAAGCGGUGGCGAGAACGAGACCUGCCGUACUUGCUUCGAGACAGGCCUGCCUGGAUGCUCACGAAUGGGAAAAGAUUGGGCCGGCGAGUCCACUUCUCAGCAAGAGGGCGAUGAACGUGGGGUUUGAUGAGGGAACCAUGAAGUUGAUUGUCUAG